CAACAAAAGCAGCAAGUGCAACAGCAACAUGGACGCGGAGACAGAGACAGAUGCAAAACCGAAAGCUGAGUCACUCAAUGUAUUGUGUGCUAUUUGCAAUGAGUUUUACAAUGCAAACGAUGUAGUUUAUUCCACUAGUAGUUGUGGUCAUCUUUUCCACAAGGAAUGCCUCUUCCACUGGCUCAGCCGUUCCCGGAGUUGUCCACAGUGUCGGGCUGCUUGUCACCAGCAGCGUGUGCAUCGAAUAUACUUGAAUUUCGCAGAACGAACUGAAUUCGAUGAGGUCGGACGAGUGGAACCUUUGCGACGCAUCCAAUGGGUACCUAUCGAUUUGAGUGAUCCCUUGGCUUCUGUUGACCUCGAAGGUGCCGUGCAAUGUGGAACUGAUCACGAGGGACACGACACGUAUGUGGCACGAGUCUACUUUCACGAAGAUCUGCUGCCGGCUAACUACGUGCCACAAAAGAAAGCCGUAUACGCACCAUGGGGCUGCCAUGCUCAUCGACUAAACACGAUGGUGGAAUUGUUGGUUCUUACGGAUUGUGAACUCAAAUGGGAACAAGCUUCACAUGGCACAUUUCCCCCGAACGCCCUCAAAACUGGCUACACCGAUAACGGUGAGGCAUUGUACACCGGACGUGCUCAGUAUAGAAGCCGCUUGCUGCUUGGAAAAGUGCAUCCAUCCCACAAUGUUCUAUAUAUGCCACUUAAUGAACGUGAAGUAAACACUCAUAGCUAUGAAGUCCUUGUGGUUACACCCAAAGAACAAGCCGAACGUUAAUUGUAUUUGAAUUUGAAUCUGCCUUUUUUGAUCUGUAGUAGUUUUAAACAAUACUUAUCUAAGUGCAAAACAUGUUUAAAACAUAAUAUAUUAUUUAACUUUAAACAUA